AUGUUCUUCGCACCAGCGUUACGAGCAUUGACGGCUUCAGGUCAUCGCGUAUUCAUUUUGUGUGUUUCUAAUGGCAACUAUGAAGGACUGGGAUUAAAAAGAAGUUACGAGCUUUGGAAGGCCGUUCGUUUUCUUGGUGUCAUGUCGUCAGACGUCACAAUACUUGAUUACGAUGCUUUCCCUGAUGGUGGACGUUGGGAUCGUCAGGCGUUGAGCAGCGUUUUGCUGAGGUACAUUGAGGUGCUCUCUGUCGACUGUGUGUUGUCUUUCGAUGCUGGUGGUGUGUCAGGGCAUUCGAAUCAUUCGUCCUGUUUUGAAGCACUGCAAGAUGCGUACACUCGUGGAGUUAUUCCAGAAGAUGUGCAGAUUUUCGUCCUCGACUCGGUUCCAUUCUUACGAAAAUAUCUAGGUUAUCUUGACGCUCCAGUGUCUGUCGCUCGUUCACCAUUCCAAUAUUUUGCGCGAGGCUGUGAUGUGGUGGCUGCAUGGCGUGCUAUGAGUACGCAUCGUUCACAAUUUGUAUGGUUCCGUUUUUUGUACAUGAUCUUCAGCAGGUAG